GUAAAGCUGAUUGUCCAAUGUUAGAGUCUCAGGCUACAUUAACAACAAGUGACAUUGUUAUCAAUAAAUUGACACAAAUCCUGUCUUACUUGAGGAGACAAGGGUCAAAGAAAAUGAAGAAGAAGUAGAAUGGUGCAUACAGGUUCUAAUUAUGAUAAAAAAUUGCAUUAUAUUUCCUGAUAUGGGCGAAUACGAUUUCGAUGCAUCUGCAGUUCCGUCUGAUUUAUCAAAGAGAGAUCAACCGUUAUUCACUAAAAGUGAGCCCACACAGGAUUAUGAAGACAUCAAGAAAGCUACUAAAGAAUUUGUCAAGGCUAUAGGGAAAACGUAUGCUGAUUCUUCUUCCAUUUCAGGCGAGAGGACUCAUUCUGAUGGUCCAUUACCUUCUGGUUGGUCAGCAAGGGAAGUAGAUAGACAUGUGUUUAGAAGCUCCAGUACUAAGUCGACAGAACCAGUUCUUAUGAAGAAAGCAAAAACUGACAAUGUUGGAUUUGGUGGUUUAGAUCAAGAUCAUUAUGCUGAAUGCUAUCCUGGGUCAGUCCUUAAUAUUAAUAUUAAUCUAAUUACAAUAUUAAGUAAUCUCUUUGUAUCAUCAAUCAUUCACUUAAUUUUUUGUACAUGUACAUGUACGUGUGCAUCUAACAUACAUACUUGUAUUAUCAUUAUUUGAGGUAUUAUUACUUCUCUG